GUCAUAAGUCAAUUUCCGACUUCUAAGCCACCCGACUCGGUUUCAACACGUCCUGAUCCUCAAUAUAAACAAAGUAACACAAGAACAAAACGCAUAUCACAGUUAACCGCAAAAUAUUUUCACAACAUUCUCUAGUAGCUAGACCUCAACAUCAGAUAGAUGCAUCUAGACAAGUGGUAGUUAUGUACCUUCCCGGUUGUUUCUCUGUCGCUUGCAAUAAUUCGAAAUCAUUCUUCACCCACCGCUCAAUUAUUCCUGCAUAAUUUCAACCAGAGAACAAACUAACAACAUAUCCAUACAUAUUUUUGGACUGAUUAUCAGCCAAGUUUACUUAUAUUUCACGGCUUCUCGCAGAAAUGCAGAAGUAUAUAUCAAGCCUAAAAGCAUACAUACCUUCAAUCUGAGCCUCUAGUUUCGACACAGACUCGCACAGAUCAACAUUACCUUACUAUGACCAUCUUUCACGAUCGGACUUGCCAUCGCAAAUACGUCCAAGUCGGGUAGAGUACUUGUUCAAUACGUUUGUAAUCGUCGUUUAUUUAGUACUCUUCGUAUUUGAAAUAGUUCUGUUUAUUAGAACCUAGCUAUAUAGAUUGUAUCAUGCAAGAGGCUAAGAAAUCCAGUGUGCUGCACGGGAAAUACGAGCUUGGGCGUCUUCUUGGAAUUGGAAACUUUGCGAAAGUUUACCAGUCGAGAAAUAUUUUAUCGGGAGAGCUUGUGGCCAUGAAAGUUGUUUCGAAGGAGAAGCUUAUUCAAGCGGGAAUGACAGAGCAAUUGAAGCGUGAAAUAUGUGUCAUGAAAAUGGUGAAUCAUCCGAACAUUGUAAAGAUUCAUGAAGUUAUGGCGAGCAAAACCAAGAUCUACAUAGCCAUGGAGUACAUACGGGGUGGAGAACUAUUUGCGAAGAUAUCCAAAGGCCGGUUAAGGGAAGAAAUGGCGCGUACUUACUUUCAACAGCUCAUCUCUGCGGUUGAUUUUUGUCACAGUCGAGGUGUUUACCAUCGUGACUUGAAGCCCGAGAAUCUUCUGCUAGACGAGAAGGGGAAUCUUAAGGUAUCUGAUUUCGGGUUGUCAGCAUUGUCAGAUCAUUUGAAGAAGGACGGUCUUUUUCACACGACCUGUGGAACUCCAGCGUAUGUUGCGCCAGAGGUUAUUGGGAAGAAAGGAUACGAGGGAGCUAAGGCUGAUCUAUGGUCAUGCGGGGUCAUAUUAUUCGCGUUACUUGCCGGGUAUUUGCCAUUUCAGGACACCAAUAUAAUGGCCCUGUAUAAGAAAAUAUAUCGAGGGGACUUCAAGUGCCCCUCUUGGUUCUCCUCGGAUGCCCGGAAGAUAUUAAAAAGAUUGCUCGACCCCAAUCCGAUCACCCGGAUCACAACGUCGGAGCUCAUGCAAACAGUUUGGUUCAAGGGGAAAACUUGUGUUAUGAAAGGCAGAGAUGAAACAGCUAAAGAGAAAGAUAAUGUUGAUCAGAACAACAAUAAUGUUGAGACGAUGAAUGCAUUUCAUAUAAUAUCGUUAUCAGAAGGCUUUGAUCUGUCACGGUUGUUUGAAGAGAAGAAGAGGAAAGAUGAUAACGGGGGGAGGUUCGGGACAGUGAUGCCUGCGAGUAGUGUGAUAUCGCGGCUUGAGGAGGUGGCAAAGGCGACGCAGUUUAGUGUGAAGAAGAGCGAGUCGAGGGUGAGAUUACAGGGGAUGGAGUGUGGAAGGAAAGGGAAGUUGGCCGUGGCGGCAGAGAUGUUUGCGGUGACAUCCGCCUUUAUGGUGGUUGAGGUAAGGAAAGACGGCGGUGACACAUUGGAGUAUGAUCAGUUUUGGAGUAAGAAACUCCGGCCGGCGCUUGGUGAUAUUAUUUGGAACGGCGAGAAGUCAAUAGCUAUUGAAUCUCUAGAAUGAUUGAUUUCUUUUGCAUACAUUACUUUUAUCUCCUCUAAUAAAGAGUAUAUGAUAAGUACUGUAAAUUUACUUGAUGAGUAUCAUGCAAUGUAUCAAAAUAUGAGUAUGUGAAGGAAGAAUGACAAUUUGACUUCUAGUCGAUCCUUGCCACUAGGCUAUAUAUUUAAGGAUUCGACUAUUUAUCAA